CAAGCAUCCGGUACGUCCACCCGGCGGAUGGAAUCGCUCCUGAGCAACAACGAUGGCAGGUCCAAGUAGGAAGCAGAUGUUGAGGUUUCUCUGCCAGCUCGGAGCGUUCAUUCUGACGCGGUUCGGGUUCUGGAACUGCUUCAGCAUGCUGAUGCUGUUUGCUGAAAGGGCGGACUCAAAGAGAAAACCCGACAUCAAUGUACCGUACCUGUAUGUGGACAUGGGAGCAGCCGUCCUCUGUGCCAGUUUCAUGUCGUUUGGAGUGAAGAGGAGGUGGUUCGCUCUGGGUUCUGCCAUCCAGCUGGCCCUCAGCACUUACGCGUCCUACGUCGGAGAGCAGGUGUAUUACGGGGAAUGGCUAAAGGUCCGGAUGUACUCCAGGGCGCUGGCCAUCAUCGGAGGCUUUAUGGUUCUCGCCAGCGGAACGGGGGAGGUCUACAGGCAGAAGGCUCGUAGCAGAUCCCUGCAGUCGACUGGCCAGAUCUUUCUGGGAAUCUAUCUCAUCUGCACCGUGUACUCGCUGCAGCACAGCAAGGAGGACAGACAGGCCUACCUGAACCACAUCGUGGGAGGAGAGCUCACUCUGAUGCUGAUAGAGGUGCUGUUUGGGGUUCUGGCUCUGGCCUUUCUCACGGGCUACUACAUCCGCCUGGCCGCUAAGAUCCUGGCCACCAUCCUUCCUCUGGUGAUCCUGCUCAUCGACGGGAACCUCGGAUACUGGCACAACAACCGUAAGGUGGAGUUCUGGAACCAGAUGAAGCUGAUAGGCCACAACGUUGGCAUCUUCGGCGCCGUUCUCAUCCUUGCCACCGACGGGUAGACUCGCUGGCUCGUUUUUUUUUUUUUUUACAGACAGAAGCGUCUGUGCAGAGUGAGAUUGUUGCGGCUGGAUCGGUGCCGAAAGCCGCCGCUGUCCAGCAACACCUCAGGAUUUUUAAACCCUCGGCUUGGGAGAGCGUAGACGGUUCAACGUUAGCUACCAGUUGGCAGCUUUGCUUCCGCGAGGAAUAAAACAAGUUUCCUUUUCUUGUUAAAUGGCGAAAGGUUUAAUUUAUUUGGUUUCUUGUUUACAUUCGUUAUGCUCUGAACCAUUACAACAUAAGUGAGUAUUAUGCAGGGGGCUUUUACUUCACUGGGAAAGGCUGAAUAGUUUGAACGUUUAUCUUAAUACAUGUUUUAAAUACUUCAAUGGAAACUGUUAUAUAAUAGAAUGUUGUUUCUAAACUUGUAUAUAUGUUUUUCAAUAAACUUAAAGAUCAUAAGAA